AUGGUUGUCGAUACCAGAAUACUGACCGAUCGACCGUUGCAACUAGUGCAAGCCAACCAGAAGGAUGAUCAGAUUGAGGCUUUUUUGUCUGGCAAGAUUGUUGAGGUGGUGAAGAAUAUUAAGGGACAACUAUUCGCUAAUACGCAUUCAUUGGAGAUUUCAAUUGCCGUUAAGUUGAUAUAUUUGUGUUUUACGACGCUGAAGGGAGCUAGAACAUUGGGAGAGGAGUAUGUGGAUUUGAUCUACGUGAAUCGAAAUGGUACGAUGCUGGUGCAGCGUUACAAGAAGCUGCUGUUCAUCGCUUCCUACUGUCUGGGACCUUAUCUGAUCUCGAAAACGCUAAGACGAUACACCAGAGGCAGCGAAGAUGGCUCCCCGAAGACUGCGUACUCUGUUAAGAACAUCUUGAAUGCGUUAGUGAACGUACAUUUGAUUUUGUUUUAUUUCACAGGCGCGUACCACGAUAUAUCCAAGAGAUUGUUCGGACUUAAAUACGCCUUGGGCCAUAAGGUUGACGAUAGUGAGGCAAAGUUUCGAAAAGCUAGCUCCAGUAAUUACAGGUUCCUGGGUUACAUCUUGCUAUUGCAAGGCGCUGGUAAGUGGAUUCCGUUGAUGACUCGGCAGCUAGGCUCUUUAACGAGGCGAAAAGAAAGUAAUGACAGCGAAUGCAAAGAAAUGCCAACGGACAGCGAUAUUAUUACCAACGUACCUUCGGAGACUCAAAUCAUUCAUGUCGAUCUGUCAGACGAGUCCCAGCUGCCGUACAUCCCCAAAGCGUCCAGAACAUGCAUAUUAUGUUUGAGUGUCAUGAUGGAUCCCAGCUGUGCUCCGUGUGGUCACAUUUUCUGCUGGACUUGCAUUCUUAACUGGACCAGAGAAAGACCUGAGUGCCCUCUAUGCCGGCAGAAUUGUAAGACGCAGCAGGUGCUGUUGCUAAGGUAG